GUUCGGUUUCGAGGAUAGAUGCUUGCCUCAUGGGGAGCUUUAUUGCGGAUUUAGGAAAAAAAGCGUGGUUUGCGUGGGAUUGGGGGAUUUGUGGCGGGUUGGGAUUAGUUUAGGAUUGGUUUGGUGUUGGAUUGGUGGUAAUCUGGAGGUAAAAGGUGGGAGUUUUUUUUUUCCUUUCUGGGUGGAGAUCCCCUGCGGGGUAUCGGGUGAUGGAGAUGCUCGGGCUUCUUUUAGAGCGCCGAUGGCGGCAUUCGAUUCCGUUGAAAGGGCAGUGGUGGUAGCAAAGCGGGCUGCGUCUUUAAGGGGGGGGGGGGGGGGGCUCGCGAUGGCGAUGAAUGCCUCAGAUUGAUUCCACUCCGAUCUUUUCCUAUUCCCGAUUCAUUGCUUGAUUGAUUUGCCAUGACAUGAUUGGAAGGAGCACCGAAGGGUGUAGCACAAGGCCGAGUUGCAUGGGGCGAUAAUGCCAGAGUUGCGGGGUGGUGUUUGGAGAGCUCGUCUGAGGUCCAAGAAGGUUUACGACGUCCAGGACGCAGAUCCAGCUGCGAGUCCGGUGUCGCCAGCUCCGCGGGGGAGGACUGGAAGGCGCGGCGGUGCUGCGGCUGGCAGAGGCAACAAGACAGUUGCUGAGGGAGGAGGGAGGAAAGCUCUGAAGCCUAGAGGAAAGGGGUGCAGGGCUGUUGAUUUGUGUAAGGAUCAACCUUGCAAGGACCUCCCUGAAGUUAUUGCUAGAAAGGCGGUUACCGGCAAAGCCCAGGAGGACCUUGGUUUGAACAAGGUAGCUGACAGAGCUGCGAACUUGAUGAUGGACGGCGAAAGUGGAGACAAAUUUGCUGCGGCAGAAGAUGAAUCCACUACAACACCAGUUCCUGAGCGGGUUCAAGUAGGCAAUUCCCCAGAGUAUAUAACUGAUAGGAAGUUGGGUAAAGGUGGAUUUGGUCAGGUCUAUGUUGGUCGAAGAGUAUCUGGUGGAGGUUCUCGCACGGGUCCAGAUGCGCAAGAGGUUGCGCUUAAAUUUGAGCACCGAAGCAGUAAAGGAUGUAACUAUGGCCCUCCAUACGAGUGGCAGGUUUACCACACUCUCAAUGGUUGUUAUGGCAUACCAUCAGUCCACUAUAAGGGUCGUUUGGGAGACUACUACAUUCUUGUAAUGGAUAUGCUUGGUCCCAGCCUCUGGGAUGUGUGGAAUUCAGUGGGACAGGCGAUGUCUGCCCAUAUGGUUGCUUGCAUUGCUGUGGAAGCGAUAUCAAUUCUUGAGAAGCUUCACUCUAAAGGGUUUGUACAUGGUGAUGUCAAACCAGAGAAUUUUUUGCUUGGUCAUCCUGGGUCAGUUGAUGAGAAGAAGCUUUUCCUGAUUGAUCUUGGUUUAGCAUCCAGGUGGAAAGAAGCAUCAUCUGGUCAGCAUGUUGACUAUGAUCAGAGGCCAGAUGUCUUUAGGGGAACAAUUAGAUACGCUAGCGUCCAUGCCCACUUAGGUCGUACAGGUAGCAGGAGGGAUGAUUUAGAGUCACUGGCUUACACCCUAAUCUUUUUAAUAAGAGGGAGAUUACCUUGGCAAGGGUAUCAGGGAGAUAACAAGAGUUUUCUUGUUUGUAAGAAGAAAAUGGCUACUUCACCAGAGUUGCUGUGUUGCUUCUGUCCAGCUCCGUUCAAACAUUUUCUAGAGAUGGUCACUAACAUGAAAUUUGACGAAGAGCCAAACUAUCCAAAACUUAUUUCUCUCUUUGAUGGUUUGAUUGAAGGGCCUGCUUCAAGGCCCAUCAGAAUUGAUGGAGCUCUGAAGGUUGGGCAAAAACGUGGAAGAAUGGUUGUAAAUCUUGACGAUGAUGAACAGCCCAAGAAGAAAGUUAGGUUGGGAAGCCCAGCAACUCAAUGGAUCUCAGUUUAUAAUGCUAGGCGGCCCAUGAAGCAGAGAUAUCACUAUAAUGUUGCUGAUUCAAGGCUGCAUCAGCAUAUAGAAAAAGGCAAUGAAGAUGGGCUGUACAUUAGUUGUGUCUCUUCUUCCGCAAAUUUUUGGGCUCUCAUAAUGGAUGCUGGGACUGGCUUUUGUUCCCAAGUUUAUGAGCUUUCACAAGUGUUUCUGCACAAGGAUUGGAUUAUGGAGCAGUGGGAGAAGAAUUAUUACAUAACGGCAAUAGCAGGAGCAACCAAUGGAAGCUCAUUGGUUGUAAUGUCCAAAGGAACUCCAUACACACAGCAGUCAUACAAAGUCAGUGAAUCCUUUCCUUACAAGUGGAUUAACAAAAAGUGGAAAGAAGGUUUCCAUGUGACAUCUAUGGCUACUGCUGGAAACCGUUGGGGAGUUGUCAUGUCAAGAAAUGCAGGCUAUUCCCAUCAGGUGGUAGAGUUGGACUUUCUAUAUCCAAGUGAAGGGAUCCAUCGGCGAUGGGAGACAGGUUACAGAAUAACUUCGACUGCAGCAACUCCUGACCAAGCUGCCUUCAUCUUGAGCAUACCAAAGAGGAAGCCAAUGGACGAGACACAAGAAACUCUUCGAACUUCCUCCUUUCCCAGCAACCAUGUCAAGGAAAAAUGGUCAAAGAACCUAUACAUCGCUUCAAUCUGCUACGGCCGGACCGUAUGCUGACAGCUUCAACAUUUCGAAGCUCCAAUGUGAAGCCAUGUCUAGCUACUACUAGCAUUUUGCAGUGAGCUGCCAACCGAUCAAAUCUCCCUUGAUUGGGAGAUCUGAAGCAAGGAAAAAAAAAAGAAACAAAUCAAUGGCUGACAUCACCGGCCUCUUGCAGCCAUCUAUUCUAACUGUAAAAAUUGAAAAAAAAAAUCAUGGCAAAUGUUGUACCAGAUCGGAUAUGGAGACCUUUGUCCAUAAGCUAAGCUAGUAUAAGCUGCAUGGCGGUGCUAAGAUCAUAUUGUUCUCACAUACGGAGUAUAUAUAUAUCAUACUACUCUCUCUGUUUCAGAUUAUAAGAUA